UUCAGUGUCACUCCAGCAACUCAGAGCGUUGUUGCCUCUGCUGAGCUGCUCCUUCACCUCAAAGCAGGGUCACUCCUAAAUAAACACUCCAGCAGUUCAGCAUGCUCAAACCGGAGGGCUGGACCAGCUCCCAAGUUGCAUGACCGUUCUUAUUUUGGACAUUGGUGUUCCCGCAGCGGCGGAACGGCGCCCACAGCAAAUUAACAGAGAAUGCAGAAAGCUGGUUUGUUGUAGCCUCAACAUAAUCGAGGCAAUUUGUUUCUGGAGUUGCCUGCCGGAUUUUCUCACAAGGCAUUUCCUAAAGCCGGAUUAAGUGAACAGUUUCAGAGAAAGGAAGGUAAUGCUUUUUUGUCAUCUUGAAGUAAACCUCUAGAAGGUUGCUGGAAAUCAGGCCAAGAUGACCAAGACUGAAGAAGUGCCGGACAGCCAUACGUCUGGGGAAUUUUAUGAGAAAUAUGAGCCAAAGGAAAUCCUGGGGAGGGGAGUGAGCAGCGUUGUCCGGCGCUGCAUUCAUAAAGUUACAAGAGAAGAAUAUGCAGUGAAAAUCAUAGAUAUCACAGCUGGGAAUCUGUCUCCAGAAGAAGUCAAGGAGUUGAGGGACGCCACUCUGAAAGAAAUUGACAUACUCCAGAAGGUGUCUGGACACCCAAACGCAGCCCAAAUGUCCCAGACUGACUUUGCUGUGUCACCCUGCCUGAGUCACGCCAUCCACGAAGGACUUUUAAACAAACAUACAUUUCAACGUUUUACAGUCCAGCUGAAGGACAGCUUUGAAUCCAACACGUUCUUCUUCCUGGUGUUUGACCUAAUGAAGAGAGGGGAGCUAUUUGAUUACCUCACAGAGAAGGUGACUUUAAGUGAGAAGGAAACCAGGAAGAUCAUGCGUGCUCUCCUGGAAGUCAUCCAGUAUCUACACAGCAUGAACAUUGUCCACAGGGAUCUCAAGCCGGAGAAUAUCCUUCUGGACGACGACAUGAACAUCAAACUGACCGACUUUGGCUUCUCCUGUCAGCUGCACAGAGACGAAAAGCUCAAAGAGAUCUGUGGAACUCCUGGCUACUUGGCUCCCGAAAUACUAGAAUGUUCCAUGGAUCCAGACCAUCCAGGUUAUGGGAAGGAAGUUGACAUGUGGAGCACCGGGGUCAUCAUGUACACCUUGCUGGCAGGAUCCCCUCCAUUCUGGCACCGGAAGCAGAUGCUGAUGCUGAGGAUGAUCAUGAACGGGGACUACAAGUUCGGCUCCCCGGAGUGGGACGAUCAGUCAGACACCGUCAAGGACCUGAUCGCCCACUUCUUGGUGGUGAAGCCGCAACACCGCUACACCGUGGAAGACGCCCUCGCCCACCCCUUCUUCCAGCAGUAUGUCGUGGAGGAGGUCCGGCAUUUCAGCCCCUUCCGGAAAUUCAGGGUCAUUUGCUUGACUGUUCUGGCAUCGGUCCGCAUCUACCUCAACUACCGCAACGUCAAGCCCAUCACCAGGGACGUGCUGCAGCGGGACCCCUACAGCCUGAAGCCUGUCCGCAAACUGAUCGACGCUUGUGCCUUCCGGAUCUACGGGCACUGGGUGAAGAAGGGUGAAGCCCAGAACCGGGCCGCUCUCUUUGAAAACACUCCCAAGGCCGUUCUGUUCAGCUUGGCAGCCGAGGAAGAGUUGUUCUGAGUUCCAGCACACUCAGUGGUCGGGUGAAGCCUCCCAGCAUGUUAACAGCUAAAGCAAAACUUUAUUAUUUACUUUAAAAAAACAACAACUCAUAUUGCCUUUUCUCCAUGGAGCUCAGCUACACUUCCUGCUCACCAUUUUUAUCUUCCCUGCGACCCUGUGAGGUAGGCUAGGGUGAGCAAUCUCCAGAGAACUUUAUGGCUGAGCUGGGGUGGAGAUUUGAACCCAAAGUCUUAGUCUGGCAAUCUAACCACUAUACCACAUGCUCUCAUUAUAUAUACUUUCCUUAAUUACACAGUCUGAGACACACCAAAAUUAUAACAGUAUAGUAGCGCUCUAGAAGCUUUCAGAAUUUUGUCUGGUUUUCCUUCCUGGACUGGGUGGGGUGGGGUGGGACAUUGUUUAAAUCUCUAACCAGCCCCAUCCUAAGAGUGGCAGACAAAAAUAUGCAAGGUGAUGUAUGCUCAGAAAUUAAAUGCAGGCAUCAAAUAUUCCUGCAUUGCAGGGGCUUGGACUCGAUAACCCUUGAGGCCCCUUCCAGCUCACAAUUCUGAUUCUGUUAACAAUUUUGAAGCGGUAAACUCCAGCCAUUGAAGGGUCAUCUCCAUGCAACGUAAAAAGGGGUGCAUGGCAGGAAGAAAUUCAACAGGGCCUCUGGAGAAACUCAACAGGUGAAGCAAGCUUCUUUUCACCCCAGUGUAUGGCUGCUUAAAUGAGGAGGCAGAGAAGCUGCUUUAUGGAAAGGAGCCCCAAAGCCCUUAAACCUCUUAGAAAUAUUGAGUUUGCUGCCCCAGGAAAUCUUUUAAGACUGGACAAAUGCAUGGGGUUUUCCAGGAGCUGUGAGUGGCGAGAGAUAAACAUGGAACCUCCAGUGUCAGAGGCUGUAUACCUCAGAAUACCAGAUCAUAGGGCACAAACAAUGGGAUUGGGCAGGGGGAGUGGGGGUUGCCUCUUGCUUUCAAGUUCGGCUUCUCGUGUUCCUGAAGGCGUCUGUGCAGCCAGCGUUGGAAACAAGGAUGCUGGACCAGGAGGGAGGCAUUUGCAUCCUCUGGUUGGCCUGCCAUGGACUCUGGAACUCAACUGCUGCUUCAUGUCUGUAUUGCGAUGCCCGGUGGCAAAGUAGAGUGUCCAGCAAGCCUUAGAAAAGGUGCUGAUGAACCACAACUCCCAUCAGCCCUAGCAAGCACAACCAAUGGUCAGGGCUGAUGGGAGUUGUAGUUCAGCAACAUCUGGAAGGCUAGGGAUGUCCCCCGCACUUCCUGCUAUAUAUAGCAUCAGCCCAGCUCAGGGGUGUGAAAUAUUUAUUAUGACUAUUUAUUACAUCUGCACACACGGAAGGGAAUGGAUUGGUUUUCUAGGGGAGGGAUUGAUUUAAGAAUGAAUAAAUGUGCUUUAUUUAUUGGA